AUGGCAUCAUCAUCAUCAUCAAAAGUGAGCUUGAAGUUGCUGAUAGACACUAAUGCCGAAAGAGUUCUCUUUGCUGAAGCUUCAAAGGAGUUCGUUGACUUCCUGUUCAACCUCUUUCGCUUACCGGUGGGCACAGUGACGAGGCUUCUAACAACAAAUGGCAUGGUGGGCUGCUUAGGCAAACUCUACAAAAGCAUAGAGAAUCUCAGUGAUGACUAUCUGAACAAUCCAAAGCAAAGCAAGGACAUUGUGCUGAGGCCAAGGUCUCCAUUAGUUUCUGGCUACCUUCUACCUCCAAGUGUUUAUAAAAAAGUUGAUACCAAUUCAGGAGCUUUAAAUCUAUACAUGUGUGGGAGGCGUUGCAGUAAUGCUGUGACUUAUGCUAUGAACACUUCGUGUCCAAAUUGUGGAUAUGGAAUGAGCUGCGCUGUAAAAUUUGUGGGUAGUAUUGAAAAUAAUACUCGAGUGAAAGAUUCAAGUGAAGGCGUAGGUGGAGGCUUUGUGAAAGGAGUGGUCACUUACACAGUGAUGGAUGAUCUUGAGGUUCUUCCCAUGUCUACCAUUUCAGCAAUAGCAAUGAUCUCCAAGUUCAAUGUCAGGGACAUUACUUCCUUGGAAGAAAAGGUUGUUGAGUUGGGGAUAGAAGAGGGUGUCAAGCUGCUGAAGGCUUCCCUGGAGUGCAAGAAUGCUUUGACUAGGGUUUUUCUCAAGAAUAUGGCAGCAUAA